AUGGCUGGAGUUGAAUUCUUGCCCAAGGAGUAUGGAUAUGUGGUUCUUGUUCUUGUUUUCUACGCCUUUCUCAAUAUCUGGAUGGGGUUUCAAGUGGGCAAAGCUAGAAAGAAGUACGAUGUGCAUUACCCGACCCUGUACGCCAUUGAAGCUGAGAACAAGAAUGCCAAGCUAUUUAACUGCGUUCAGAGAGGUCAUCAAAACUCACUGGAGAUGAUGCCCAUGUUUUUCAUGCUGAUGAUUUUGGGAGGUAUUAGGCAUCCUUUGAUUGCAGCAUCACUUGGAGUCAUUUACAGUGUUGCCCGUUUUUUCUACUUCAAAGGCUACGCCACCGGUGACCCUAAGAAUCGUUUGUCGAUUGGGAAAUACUCUUUCUUGUCCGCAUUCGGGCUUACGUUAUGCACCAUCUCUUUUGGGGUGCAUUUGCUCACUGCUUAA